AAAAGAAUUGAAAAAAGUAUAUAAUUUUGACAGGAAAAUUUAAACCAACAUUUUACAAUUUUAACAUGGAAAAACUUUGUUAUAAUAGCUGAGUUAACGUUAUGAAACGACUGAGUACCGUAUAUUUCUAUUUAUCAUAUUUUUGUCUGGCAACAUUAAACCUGUAAAUUGUACUGUUUUUAAUAUUUUUCACAAAUCUCUACUUUCCGACUUCCUGCACACCUAUAUCUGUAUAGCAUGUAAUGGAAUGCAUCUCUUCUCGUUUUCAUGUUCGAGCGAUUCCAGGAAUUGUUCGAUAGACAUAAAUUUGGAUAGUGAAUUAGUUUUGCUACAAAUUUAACUGGUACAUGUAGUAGACCUGCUUUAACUUGAAACAAUCAGACAGUUCAGCAGUUGAUCAUGUCAUCAAAGAAAUCAAAAUUUAAACCUCAAUGGAUUUACUCAGAAGAGCUUGGAGGUUAUCAGCUAUUUCAAAAGAACAGAGAAGACACACCCAUCAAUGGCAAAGAUCAAAGUGUUGACUGUACUCCGUUCAUUUCUGAUAAUGGAUUGUUGUCAGCUCAAGUUGUUUUCAUGGAACGAAAAGAUAUAAAAGUGUCUCAUAAUGUUAAGAACAGUAUUGUGGAACUUCAUCCAGAUACAAUGCAAUUGUGUGAAAUGAGAUUAGGAGGACCUGUGGUUAUCAGUACUGCGCCGAAUCAACAUGGGUCAAAAAUGGCUGCUAUGCGUGUUUGGCCCAAUAUCAAUAUACCUCUUGGAAAAGUUGCAUUGACUGAAUAUUUUUGUCAUUAUCUACAUAUAAAUGAAGGUGAAACAAUCGAUAUAAUUGAAACUGAAUCAAUGUGUGUUCAAGCUUCAACUGUUACUGCAAAUAUUGUGAAUGCAGGAGAGUUGGAGCAGAAAUUUCUAAAUUCAGCAAAUUUCAAAGAGUAUUUGCAACAUGUUCUAGAUAAAAGAUAUUUUUUGAUCGGCCAACAAUUAUCAAUCGAUUAUUUUGGAAAAUUCAUGCAACUUGAGAUUAGAGGAGCUGACGGACAAACAGCUGAAAACCGCUCUAUUUCUUUACAAAAGACAGAAUUAUCGGACAUUUCCGACCUGUCUGUUUUAAAUGAUAGCUUUGCAGAUAUAUCUUUACAUAGCAGUGGAAAUAACACACAAGAAACAUUCAUGAAGAAAGGAUUUGGUGUCCACAAACUUGAUUUUAGUUAUUCUUCAACGCCUAAGGAAAAGAAAACUCUCCCAUUAACGAAAGAUCUUUCUGAAACUUCCGAAGGCUGUAGGAAAACAACGAACGUUUCUUCUUCAGUUUUUUUAUUCACUCAAAAAACAAAACUGCAAUUUGAUACGGAAUAUUCGACCUCAAACAAGAACAAUGUCAUAAAUAAUGAUGAAAACUUUCAAUAUUUUGGAAAUGUUAGUUAUAGUAGUAUCGGAGGUCUUGAACACCAAAUUAAAGUGUUGAAAGAUAUGGUGGAACUACCAAUGACGAAAUCUCAUCUGUUUAAAAUGUCUGGUUUAUCUCCACCUUCAGGUAUAUUGUUACAUGGACCUCCCGGUACCGGGAAAAGUAUGUUAGUGAAAGCAUGUGUCAAUGAAACAAAUGUUAAAACUUUUUUAUUACAAGGUGCUAAAAUACUUAGCAGGUACUUUGGAGACAGUGAACAGAAACUACAUGAUUUAUUCAAAAAGGCAAGAGAUGAAGCUCCUUCAGUAAUUGUUAUUGAUGAAAUCGAUGCAAUAUGCCCACAACGAGAAACGUCGAAAACUGAUGUAGAAAAAAGACUUGUUUCAUCAUUCAUUACUCUACUUGAUGGUGUAACCUCAUCAAAUCAGUCAUCUUCAAAGUAUGUCAUUUUGCUUGCGACAACAAAUCGUAUCGAUGCCUUGGAUCCUUCAUUACGUAGAGCUGGAAGAUUUGAUUGUGAGAUUGAAAUCCCAAUCCCAUCUCCAAGUGGUAGAAUAGAGAUAUUUCAAAGACUCAUGUCAACCAUCAAUCACACCUUAAAAUCUAAGGACAUUGAACUAUUAGCGGAAAAAGCUCAUGGUUAUGUUGGUGCUGAUAUUUCUGCUGUAUGUAAGGAAGCUGGAAUGAAAGCCUUGCAAAGAACACUCAAUGACACAGAAAGCUCAAGUGAAGUCAUUGUAAACAAUGAAGAUUUUCAAUUUGGAUUGAAACAAGUUCCACCAAGUGCAAUGCGGGAACUAAUUGUGCAAGUUCCGAAGGUUCUUUGGUCAGAUAUUGGUGGCAACUCGGAAGUAAAGAAAAAACUGAAGCAAGCCAUUGAAUGGCCAUUGAAGAAUCCUGCCGCUUUUCAAAGACUUGGUAUUGAACCGCCACGUGGUGUUCUAUUAUACGGUCCUCCAGGUUGUUCAAAAACUUUGACAGCGAAAGCAUUAGCAACUGAAAGUGGACUCAAUUUUAUUUCUAUAAAGGGACCUGAAUUAUUCAGCAAAUAUGUUGGUGAUUCUGAGAAAGCAAUCAGAGAAUUUUUUUCUAAAGCAAGAUCAGCUGCACCGUCAAUUGUAUUUUUUGACGAACUUGAUGCUUUGGCAAUUGAACGCGGUGGAAGUUCUUCUAAAGGCGGAGGUAGUGUUGCUGAUCGGGUUUUGGCGGCUAUGCUUACUGAAAUGGACGGCGUGGAACAGAGACGUGACGUCAUCGUGGUUGCAGCAACAAAUCGACCAGAUAUGAUAGAUAAGGUUAGUGACGUCACGAAAAAUCAUUCGUAGAAAAUUCUCCACAUUAUCUUCAUGCCAGUCUCAUUUCCCAUUUUUUGAAUGAAGUAGCUCGAUAGCAACAUCUCCAUAUUUAACUAUUGUUUUUCAGUAAGUUUAUUGCAUAUUACGUUUACUGUAAUCGUUUAUUUGGAUCUUCGGACCGAUCU